AUGAUGACGUCGUUUAAUUGCACUAUAUAAUGGUCAAUUUCCCCUUCGCCGAGAGCUCGUAAUGUUCGUGGUCAAUUUCCCCUCUCCGUAUCUCCUCUUCUUCUUCAUAGAUUUGAUAUUGUGUGAAUUUUAGGUAUUUGAUGGAAAAAGGCAAAGUUGCAGAGGACAUAACAAAUUCAUUGAAGAAACUAGAUUUGAAUCCCAACUUCAACCCCAAAUCUUCAUAUUUUAUUCCUACCUUCCAAUCCAUCAGAUUGAGUCGUCGCCAGAAGACGGAACCCCCAAGUUUAGUGAGCUUGUGCCUUGGAGUUGUUGGCAAGCAUUUAGAGGAUAUAAUUGCUGACUUGCAUGAGAUUUCCAUUGCCUUUCCAGCGCAUAUUAAGAUGGCAAUUGCAGGAAUUUCCAGGAGAAGAAAAUUGCUGAAUGAUGAUGUAAUAGUUUCUUUAGCUGAUAGUUCCUGGGAAAUUCUUGACCUUUCUGGCUCUGAUGUCACUGACUCUGGUUUAAUGAAAGUGGCUGAAAUCUGCAAAUUUCUUCAAGCUGUGGAUAUAAGCCGAUGCAGCAAAAUUACUGCUGUUGGUGUUUCUGAACUCUUUCAGCACUGCAAGUCAUUGCAGACGUUGAGAUGCGGAGGGUGCCCAAGGAGUGACUACACUGCACGCAACUGCUUGUGCAUGUUGAAACCAAAGUUGAAUGAUAUGGAGGGAGAUUCGUGGGAGGAACUUGAUACUGCUGAAAUUGGCCAUGGUGCAGGAUCCCUGCGGUGGCUUGUGUGGCCGAAGAUUGAUAAAGAUUCAUUGGAGAUCUUGGCCACUGAGUGCCCGCGUAUAAUAGUAAAUCCCAAGCCGUCACCCUUUGGUUUUGGAGGAAUUAUGGUUCCUACAGAAGCUUUAACAGACAUUCCACUGGAUGAUCCCAUUGUCAAGGAUAUUGAUCCUAAAACAUGGGCAAUGUGUGGGUUUGCACCAAAACCUGUAGCUGCCUCUCUUUCAAGCCCUACUGAGUUGUCCAUGGCUGAAAAAUUUAGACUUGCAUUUGUGGAAAGAGACACGCGCUUAGCACCAAAACGAGCCAAGAAUGCACGACAACAUCAGCGCCGUGCAGAGAGGGAGUGGAUGAUGAUGAGUGCAAAUGCCAAGGCAUUAGCUCUGGCAUCUAAAGCAAGCAAGUCCCUGCACAAUAGGAGCUAAACUUUAGGAUCUCCUUAUGUUUCACCCAUGUGUAUACCAGUUUUCUAAGCCUCUUUUGUGCUGUAAUCUAUAAUUCUGUGAACAUAUGGGUUUUGGUUGAGAUUGGUAUGUUGAGAAUCAGAACUUAUGUUCGGUGAUUUUUCAUAGAGAGAAUAUUCUUGCCGACA